ACAGUUACAUUGUAAAAUGGCUACUUCCUUGAAACUCUCGACGCGAAACGUGCUUGAUGCUGAACGUGAAUAUAAAGGAGGCUCCGCAGAGGAAGCACAAAAAAUACUGCCAUACCUUGAUGCUAACGAGAGCUCAGAUGGAAUAAGGGAAGAACAGCCAGAACCACCUGUUCCUGACUGUCAGUCCAUGAAGAGCGAGAAUUCCAUGCGUCUUCCACUACAUUUCAACGGUGUCUGCCCCACCUCUGAUGGGAGCCAGUCUCUGGAGACAAACUCCUCAGUGUGUAGCACAGAUGAAGGUGAGAUGGAUCAAGGAUCUGGUGUUAAACAUCAAAGACAGAAGUGUGACAUAUGUGUGGGACGCAUUCACAAAGCUGUGAAGUUCUGCAAGGUUUGUAAGGCUGCGUACUGUGAGGACCAUGGUAGAGACCACUACAAGGCCCCAGGACUAAAGAAACACACGCUAGUGGAUGCCACUGAUAAGCACGGCCAUGUUGAAAUAGAAAGGAGUUUGACUCAGGUUGGAAUACGGAAAAAAACCUUAGGCCUUCUCUGGAUCGUCAUACUUCUACUUCUGGGUCUGGGAGGACUUUGGUAUCAAAUGAGUCCCACAGUAGAGGGUAAGGGGAGACUUGACAUGAGGAUUGUUCUGCUGGGUAAGACUGGGUCAGGGAAGAGUUCAACAGGAAACACCAUCCUGGGGAGAGAGGUGUUUCGAGCAGAGGCUUCUCCGGUGUCUGUGACCACACAGUGUGAGAAACAAAAUGUUUUUAUUGGUCAGAAUAGAAUAACUGUGAUUGACACUCCAGGUAUCUUGGGCACAUUGUUGCAACCUGAUGAAGUUAUGGUUAAAACUGCUGAAUGCAUUAACACCACACCUCAUGCCUUCCUAUUGGUGAUCAGGCUGGGGGAAUUCACAGAUGAGGACAGAAAGUCAGUACAAUGGAUCCAGGAACAUUUUGGAGAGGAGGCUUUAAAGUACACAAUAGUUCUGUUUACUGGGGUAGACCAGCUGGAGGGGAAACCAGUAGAGACGUUUAUAAACGGCAGCAGCCAUCUACUACAAGUCGUUAACAGUUGUGGGGACAGAUACCAUGUCUUUAACAACAAGGACAAGAAUGACAACACUCAGGUCACAGAGCUGCUAGAGAAGAUAGAAGAAUUACUGAAUGAGUAUAGGGGUUAUCAUCAUGAGGCAGAAUUGCUGACACAUUAAAGGGUUAGGGGAGAGGAGAUGAGGAAGAGGGAGAGGGCUCAGAUACUACAAGAGGAGGGAAUAAAGAUGGAGGCAGCAGAAAGGGAGAUUAGAGAGGAGGAGGAGGAGAAGAGGGAGGCAGCAGAAAGAGAGAUUAGAGAGGAGGAGAAGAAGAGGGAGGCAGCAGAAAGAGAGAUUAGAGAGGAGGAGGAGAAGAAGAGGGAGGCAGCAGAAAGAGAGAUUAGAGAGGAGGAGAAGAGGAGAAAGGAGCUAAAUGAUCUGGCAUUGAAGGCUGUUGAAAAAUUGGCUGAGAAAAUGUCAGAUUCAGACAUGACGUUUAAACUGACAAUCAUUGUUGCAACAAUCAUCAUUCUUAUCAUAAAUUGGUGCUAUAAGUCUAAGGUAGAUAGAAUGCAGGAAAAAUAUAUGAUAUCAAUACAGAAGAAAGAGGAACUGGAGAAGGAAAUUAGACGUAUUAAAGAGGGAAAAGGAAAAGGAAAUCAGAUUGUUGAAAGAAGACCUAAAUAGAAAGGUAACGAAAGAAGAAGAACAAAGAAAAAUAAAGAAUGAGUCCAACAGUGGUUUCUUUUCAAGUUUAUUUAAUUAAAAAAAGUUAAUUUAAAGGAAACAAUGAUCAGAUCAACAACAACAAUAUGACAGUAAAGAGCAAAACAGAACAGAAAAAAAACAAACGACACGGAACAUAAAACCAAAGGCAGUACAAAAAUAAAAUACAAAAAUGUACAAUAAAUAGUUAAGAUAAUAGCAGUCAGUAGAGGGCUGUGCCCUGUCUCUGUGACAGUAGUAGUCACAACAAUAGUCACAGGGUCGCAGCAGUCACUAGAGGGCUGUGCCCUGUCUCUGUGACAGUAGUAGUCACAACAGUCACUAGAGGGCUGUGCCCUGUCUCUGUGACAGUAGUAGUCACAACAAUAGUCACAGGGUCGCAGCAGUCACAAUUGUCAAAAAUGUACACAUUUGUCAAGAAUUGCACCUGACAUGUAGGUUAUGUCCCUCAUCUCCGUCAUGGACUUAAUGGUCUAUACUCUCUGCAGAGACAUUUACAUUUUACAUUUUUAGUCAUUUAGCAGACGCUCUUAUCCAGAGCGACUUACAGUAGUGAAUGCAUACAUUUCAUAAACAUUUUUUUUUUUCUGUGCUGGCCCCCCGUGGGAAUCGAACCCACAACCCUGGUGUUGCAAACACCAUGCUCUACCAACUGAGCUACAGGGAAGGCCCUGUAGAUACACUGCACACUGUAGAUACAGUGUGCAGUGUUGUCGUUUUUCGGCACAAAAGGGCCAGGACCUUGUAAUACACUCGAGCAUUUGAAAAACGUUUACUUCCUGAAAAGUGAGACACGGUGUAUCGUUCGUUAUGGAGCCGUGAGGGCAGUGUUGUCCCUUGGUUCCUUGAUCUGAUCUACAGUAUAGGCUAUGCAUCGAAGUAGCAUAAUCUGCAUUGAUCACCAAAUAUAAUCUCAGCGACUGUUCACACAAGAAACCAAACAUUGUAGCCUUGUUAGAAUCCCCUCCAAAAUGUAUUUAGUUGAGAAGUAAGGGACAGAUGGCAUUUUACUGGGGGAGGGGUGGUCCAAAAUAGGAGAGGGUUGUCAAACUUUUUUUUCUCUCUGGGGUUUUAUUGGGCACAGGGGAGGGUAAUGCAUUCCCCCUGGUUUAGUUUCACUAUUUGCAGGUUUUACUAUAACAUUUCUUCCAUCCUAGAAACAUUUCCUUAGCUGCUUGCAGAAUUCUCCCCUAUAUCAAGGUAUUUUGGUACUUUCCUGCACUACGCUUUUCCAUGUGCUAACCUUUAUUAUAAACUGGGUGGUUCGAGCCCUGAAUGCUUAUUGGCUGACAGCCGUGGUAUAUCAGACUCUAUAACACAGGAAUGACGAAACAUUUCUAUUUACUGCUCUAAAUACGUUGGUAACCAGUUUAUAAUAGCAAUAAGGGAGCUCUGGGGUUUGUGGUAUAGACCAAUAUACUACGGCUAAGGGCUGUCUCCAUUGGAUAAGAACAGCCCUUAGCCAUGGUAUAUUGGCCAUAUACCACACCCCCUCGCACCUUAUUGCGUAACUAUACCACAGGUCAAUAUAGUCUACCAGUCUAACGGUAUAUCCUGCACUCUAUCCACCAUUCAUAGUGACAAUAGUGGUAGGUGGAUCGUUUGUCCAGAUCUGUAAUAGGCUAACUAGCCAUCAUACCACACGUAAAAGCAUCAAAGCUGCAUCAAUUGUAAUAUGAGUCCACAAGAACAAAUAGGAAUAGCUGAUAGGCAGCAGAGAAGCCAGGUGCAUCAUUGCGCACGAAAGAGCAGUGAAGACAUGAGACGGCUCAAAAAUCUCCCCUAUUGAUCUUGUUUUGGGACAAUACAAUUACCUACCUAGACUAGCCUACAAAACAACAAUGCAAUGAAUAAUUGCAUUAUUGUUUUCAAGUGAGUACAAAAUUCUACUCUAGGCUGCGUGAAAAUGUCAUUUGAAUAACGGCGGAAAAAUAAAAGUGACGUGCCAAUACCAGAGUGAGCACAUUCGCUAUACUGUACCUAUGCAUACAUUUUUAGUGACAAAACCAUCAGUAGGCCUGGAGUUGAAAACGCGAUGGAAAGCCCAUUAAGCUUGUAUUUUUUUAUUCGGUACAUGGGAAUUUAACCUCAAUUUGUUUUUAUGUGCACAACAUAUUUAUCUCUGUAAUGCUUCUAUCUAUGUAAAUGUAUGUAUUUAUGGAAAUAGGGAACACAAUGGAAGUAAGUACGUUUCCUUUCAUUAUGUGUUGACGAAUUGAUAAAAUAUUUACUGCCAUUGUAGUAAGGUUGGCAAUACGAGAGGUCUUCAGGCUUGCCUUUUUUUUUUGUUAUUUUCCUUGAAAGAACAACUUGUGGGUUUUGAGUGCUUCUCCCCUAUUUGGAAAGUUGGUCUGCCUGUUCUUCAGUCAGAGAUAGAUAUUCUGAGAGCAGGUUCAUGUCUCCUUCCUCUGUACAUUUGUUUUAUCUUUUAAUUUAACUAGGCAAGUCAGUUAAGAACAAAUUCUUAUUUAAAAUGACGGCCUACCUCGGCCAAAUCCGGAUGACGCUGGGCCAAUUGUUCGCUGCCCUAUGGGACUGCCAAUCGCGGCCGGAUGUGAUGCAGCCUGGAUUUGAACCAGGGACUGCAGUGACGCAUCUUGCACUGAGAUGCAGCGCCUACAUUUUUUUAUAAAUCCAGUCUUUAGAGAAUGUGGCUAUGUAUAUAUUUAUGUUGCCGUUUAAUGUAUUUUAAGGCUAUUUCACAGUGGCGACCUGUCAUUCAGAGCCCCUCCUGUUAAACCCUAACUGUUUAGCAAAAAUAUAUUUGUUUUGUUUGUUG